AUCUUCAUCUUCAUCUUCAUCUUUUAAUACUCUUUCCAUCUUCAAAUCCCAAUAUAUUCUUCACCUUAAUCUAAGCAUCGCGACACAAGAUCAACAUUGGAUGGACACAAUUAAAUACCCUUUCCACCAAACGUCAUACCGUCUCUCCUUGUUCGAUAUUCUUCGCGUUUUUGUGCCUUGGUUGCGACCUUCGACUUUCAACCACCUACCAUCCCUACCUAAGGUACGAACCAAAAAUGGUUCUACUAUCGGAUUCUUCGUCGAUAAGCUCCUUGUCGUCUGACUCGCCUGAAGCUGAUAAUGAUUUCGACGAUACCAUUGUCGACGAGCCAGCACCACCCCCCUCAAAGCGACAGAAGCUAGGCGACAUAUCCAGAGCCUCAUCUGCCGUCCAUGUUGAACCUGAGCCAGAGCAAGAGUCGGAUCGCGACCUGGACGGUGACAUCUCGUCGGACACUUCAGGCGAAAUCCCAAAUUCUCCAAUCAAUGCUAAGCUCGAUGAGGAUGAAUUUCAGGAGCAAGUCACGGUGUGUGCUUGGGAUGGUUGCCGAGCAGGUGACCUGGGAAAUAUGGACAGGCUGGUCGACCACAUACACAACGAUCACAUCGAGAGUCGCCAAAAGAAAUACACUUGCGAGUGGAAUGGCUGUUCCAGGAAGAGCAUGCCACACGCCAGCGGGUAUGCCCUGAAGGCGCACAUGCGCAGCCAUACGCGAGAGAAGCCGUUUUAUUGUUACCUUCCAGAAUGCGAUCGCGCUUUCACUAGAUCCGAUGCACUGGCGAAGCACAUGCGAACUGUCCAUGAAACCGAAGCAUUACGACCCUCUGACCCAGUACCCAAGUCUAUGCAGACACAGUCCGGCCCGAAGUCUGGAAAAUUAAAGAUUAUUAUUAAGACACCUCAAUCUCACGCUGCCGGCCAGGACGACGCUGUGGAUGACGGUGAUACUGCUUCGGACAUGGCUGAUUUCUUCACGCAACUGACAGAACAUCAGGGCUUUUCCCCCCAGGAGUUAAAUAUGAGCAUCAAGUCACUAUACAGACUUUGUGUUGGAGAACUCAAGUGGACAAAGAAGGACCGCGAUUCAUUAAAGCGACGGUGCAAGGAAAUGGAGGAGGCAUAUCGGCAGGAAUGGCUGGAGAAGGAGACGCUGUUAGACCAAGUCAUCCAGAUCGAAGAUGGCUGGUGGCAACGACGCGAACUGGUUCUCGAAGCUGAAGCCAAGGCUCAACUUUCCAAGAAGGAUGAAGCUCAAGCAUCGACAGAAGAUAACCAGGCCCAUGUCAACGGGUCGCAGGCUACGGCGGCUAGUGUCAGCCAACUCACAGAUUAAAUAUAUCUGAUAAGACUUGCAAUGGUAUAAUGAAAUGCCACAACGCUGAUUUAUACGAGAUCCUGGAUGUAGGAGGCGUUUGAGGAGUCAUGGGUGAUAUUUUGUGCGUUAUAUCAAAUGUUAGGUUGGGAAGGUUCCAGGCUAUUUGUGGUCUUUAUGAGUGAUAUCAAAGUAAAGACACCUAGCGAUAAUGGAUGGUAUCUCAGCAUUUCGACAACUGGCCGGAUUCAGAUUUGCUUUGACUGGAAACAUGCAGGAUCACUUAUGUCUAGAAGCGAACUGGCUGUAAAUAACAAUGAGCUGACUUCCAUAUAAUGUUAACUUAGGAUGUGCUUAUAUAGUAGUACUACUUAAGAGAUGGGACAUCAACAUUAAAAUGAAAGGCGAGCUUCACGUU